CACUUCAAACUCUCGACGGCUACAUAUAUAAGCGCUUCGACCUUACGGUUCUAAUCGAUAUGGCCGGUGGUUCACCUAUAGCCGCGCAACGGAUACGGCGUAUGCAAACCCAGGGUAAGAACGCACAAGCGCAUCGGGACAGCAAAGCCACCAGGUUACGACGAAGUCCGCGCAUCGCAAGCACAUUGAGGGUUGAGAAGAGGUCUGGAUCUCGGGCAAUUAUUAAACAGAUCCAGAAACCAGCUGGCAAAGAAAACUCGUCACAACAAAGACGCAGAAGCCUACGCCUCCGAACCGCCAAUCCUAUCCAGACAACGCCCGCCUCGGUUCAGCAGGCGAAAACGCUGAAGCGACCUCGAGAAGAAGACCCAAGUUCCACCCUCCCGCACUUCGCCCGAGCCGUUUCAAAAGCGAGUACGAACAUCAGCAGCUUCAUCGAGAAAUCAGCGGCUUUUCAAUUUCUCAUAGCGAUGAAUUACAUGUUCUACCGACAUCCAAUCACCAAGUUUGAUAUCUCGCCAACGGAGGAGGGAGAUCAAAGGUGGAAAGCAUACACCUUUGUCCGGAACGUCUACGAUUUGUGGCUUCCUGAGCACUUUCAAAGAAUCUGCUCCGUUAUCGACAAGUUACCCGCUGGCUUGAAUUUUGAAUUCUCUGAUCAGUCCGAACCUCUGUUUUUAGACCAGGAACGAGCUUCUUCACACUCAGGGCUGUCCCAGCGACUUGAAGACUACAGCCUAGUCGGUGAACGAGUUAUACCAGACAGCCAGCCAAGCGUGCCGCAAAUCACCCCCGACACAACGACCCGGACUGAGUCAAGCAAUCACAAGAGGAAGAAAUAACGACGAAUAGACAUGGAUAUGAGAAACCCUUCUAA